AUGGUUCUGGCACCCCAUCCAAAUCCAGAUGCUCCUGUGCUGUCGCACUUCGACCUCUCGGGCAAGACAGCUUUGGUGACGGGAGGAUGCCGGGGAAUUGGCCUGGAAGUAGCCAAGGGCCUCUGCGAAGCCGGGGCGAAAGUAGCCAUCACCUACACGAGCACCGCCCCAGCAGAGGCAGAUGCAGUAGCGGCGAGCAUCUCUUCUUCAAAUGGCAGCCGCCUCGUCAAGGCGUACAAGUGCAAUGUUCGGAACAGGAGUGAGAUUGAGGCCACCAUCGAGACUGUGGCCAAGGAAAUGGGCGAGGGGAGGCUGGACGUUGUGGUGGCGAACGCGGGCAUCGCGGAUCACAUCGCCGCGGUGGACUACCCCGAGGACAAGUUCCGCGAAAUGUUCGACGUCAACGUGAACGGUGCCUUCUAUACCGCCCAGGCGGCCGCCCGUGUGUUCCAGAGGCAGUGGGAGGCCGGCGGCAAGACCGCCGACCACCGAGCCUCUAUCAUCUUCACUGCCUCAGUGUCUGCGACGCUGGUCAAUAUACCACAGAAGCAGGCUGCGUACAACGCAAGCAAGGCGGCUCUCGUGCACCUGUCCAAGUCCCUUGCUGUGGAAUGGGUGGAUUUCACGAGGGUGAACUGCAUCUCACCGGGUUUCAUUGAUACGGACAUGCUGAAAGUCCAUCCCGAGGCCUGGAGGAAUCAGUGGUUCUCUAUGAUUCCCGGUCGCAGACUGUGCAAGGCGGCAGAGCUUAAAGGGGCAUAUGUUUUCCUGGCUAGUGACGCUAGUACUUACAUGACUGGAGCUGAUAUGAUCAUUGAUGGUGGGUACACCUUACCUUAA